CUAGCAAGCGGAUGUACGUUUUCGCCGCAUUAUAUUUUUCUCGAUAGAAUACGCACAGUGCUGAUUGCACAACCUAAAAUUUAACCGUAUAGCAGUACGAUUUAACAAACAAAAUUUGGCAAUUAUUUGUCUGCUUUAAGAGAAAUUUUGCCUGUUUGUUUACCUGCAUCUCAGUUUAAGAAAAAAACGAAACCAUGCAUUUCUUGAUAAUCUUUGCCGAGUGCGUAACCCUUUUGGGAUUCCUUCACCACACCUUCGGGAAAACCAAAAUAGACGGCGGAUUCCAAGGAAACAGCAUCGGAAUAUUUUCACCGCUUCCGGAGUUCAACACGGAACUGAUGACACGUGACCAGUGCGAGCUGCAGUUUACCGCCCACUGCGGAGUGCGCCUCAGCGUCGGCAACUCAUUUGCGUGUGCUCAGAAUCAAGGGUUGGCCAUCAACUGCAGCAGGGAAGCCACAAACGAGGAAGUGCAGCAACUUGCGAUAGCGCUAUCCAGACCACCACUCAAGGCCAUCUUCAUCAGCCUGAAUGACGGACCCCAAGUCGUCUUCGAGAACCUGGCGCCGGUGCGCGAACAGGCGGUUGUCUUCCAACUGCAAAACUGCCGUUCAACGCGCCUCACCAAAAAGCUGGCCCAACUGCGCCUGCCUCAUCUGCUGGAAUUCAGCGUCCACCACUGCCGCGCCUUGGACGUCCGACGAGCCGACUUUUGGCAGUCCGCCAAAUUAAGACUCAUCCAAUUCGUAAAUUCGACGAUAGAAUUUUUGGAAGAAGGCACCUUCGCCGAUUUACCCGGAUUGCGGCUCUUGUCUCUGGAGCGGGGGUUGACUGAAAUUAAUUUCUGGGAGGACGACGUUUCUGAUUUCGUCAUGAAACUGCACUGUGGCUGUGAAUUCGAUCACUUUCGACGCUGGUGGCGCACCAACGGACUGCUCAAGUAUGCGACAGAAGGCCAAGUGUAUCGUAUCGAGUACGACGCGUGGCGGAACGAAGAGCUCAUUAAAAGUGAUAUUUUCCUGCAAAUCGAUUGCGUCGCGAUCUCCUCUAAUAACGGCACAUUUGUUAUUGAUGACCGGAACGACUUCUUUUCAACUAAUGAGGAAUUGUAUACCGAACAGCUUCCUGAGAACUGUGCUUCCAAGACCCACACCACCGACGAGUUCCCAACUUUUUCUAGUGAACCAAUGACGGAGCGAGAGUGCCGCGUCCGGCAAAUUGUUCAGUGCAGUUUUCUGCAGCGUGACUACGGCUGGUGCGAGCAUCAGUGGCCAGGAGGACACGUAUAUUUAAAUACAAACUGUAGUUAUGCAGUAGAGGUGCGCGAGAUACGCCAACUGGCCCAAGCCAUGGCGCUGCAGCCACCACGGCCCACAGUGUGGACCAUUAUCGGAGCCCUUCCCGUCACGGCCGCCGACGUUGCACCCAUUCGGCGAACCAUCGUGUCGUUUGACUUCUUCAAAUGCACCAGCAGCCGUUCGACUACAAAAGCCGGUGACCUUCAGUUGUCCAGUCUGCUGGACUACGGUAUAUGGGACUGUAGCGAUUUGGAAGUGCAGCGAGCCGAUUUUCAACGCCUCUCAAAACUGCGCCUGCUGAUGUUUUCUAAUACCACGAUCCGCAGUCUGCAGUUCGACGCUUUCGGUUAUCUGCCGGCGCUGCGCUUAUUGAGUCUGGAACACGAGAUCUACGAUAACGCUUUGGAGCAGUCACGAGGUUUCGGUCAGCGGAUUCGCGACUAUUUGUGGCGGUUGCAUUGUGGCUGCGAUUUUGCUUGGUUCCGACAAUGGUGGACGAACAACACACUGCUCGUUCACGCGUACGACAACGAUGCGGGUGAAGUUUACGCUUUUCGGGACUAUGCUAGAAGCUAUCCGCUAUUUCGGCAGAACAUUUUUCUACCCGUCGACUGUGCGAAACCAAUUCCGCGUGGUGCUCAUGGCAUUAAUCACAACGAGACUGCGUUCUCACGUCACGUUAGUGAGUGUUAGGAGAAGUACGUCGCACCGCUCGACAUGGGCAGGGAUUUCCGUUAGUAGCUGAUAAUGUAAUAUACUGUAACAAUGUAACUUUGCGGUUAUAGUAUGCCUUGCGGUUAUUACAGUCGGCAAGAAUUCUCACAUUUUCACACUGGGAGCAUAAUUGACGGGCGAAAAUGCACGGAUGAAAUCAUGCCUGUCGUACGUUAAUUUUCUCUGCAUCAUGGCUGAAAUUGAAUAUUCCUAUAUUCUUCGUACGUAAAGUAUGCUUCAAAUUGGUUGGGAAACAAGCAGAAAUGCUCACGUUAGCCACUGUGCUUUAAUCAGAUACCCCUGCUGUCAGCCGCAUUUUAAGCAGAUCAGAUGCACUG